UGUAACUGGGCCUGCAGCCUUGACAGUGAUCUCCCUGCACAUGUGUGAGGGAGCGUCUUCAGUUACUCUCCCUGCACACUGCACACACUCGUUUAAAAGGUUAUUUUGGGCUGCACAAGUACCACUGUGACCCCAUGCUUCCAGCCUGUGUGAAAUAAUAGGAGGAGUCAAGAUUUCACCCUCCCAUUCCCCAUGUGAACUGGCAGGGGGAUUUCCCUCCAAACAACAGGUUCCCCCAGCUCUCCAAGCUGCAGCAUACGGUCAAAUCGUCAUUUUGAAACAAUGGACAACAGUCCCUUGCAGGUGUUGACUGUCCCCACAGCCCCUUACACUGACCAGAGACCUAGCACCAGUGGCCUGAGGAAAAAGGUCUAUGUCUUCCAGACCAAGAGGAACUAUCUGCACAACUUCAUCCAAAGUAUCUUCUCUUCCAUUGACCUUCGUGACCGCCAGGGUUCAACAGUAGUGGUGGGGGGAGAUGGACGCUUCUUUAACCGGACAGCUAUUGAGGUCAUUGUGCAGAUGGCAGCUGCCAACGGGGUGGGCCGUCUGAUCAUUGGACACCAUGGGAUAAUGUCCACGCCUGCUAUCUCCUGUGUGAUCAGGAAAUACAAAGCCAUUGGUGGCAUCAUCCUCACUGCCAGUCAUAAUCCUGGUGGACCUGAUGGAGACUUUGGCAUUAAGUUCAAUACUGCAAAUGGAGGACCAGCCAGUGAGGCUGUCACAAGCAAGAUCUUUCAGAUCAGCAGAACCAUUGAGGAGUUUGCUAUCUGCCCCGGACUCCGAGUGGAUCUGACAACUCUGGGAAAACAGAUGUUUGAUCUGGAGAACAAAUUCAAACCUUUCACAGUGGAAAUUGUGGACUCUGUGGAGUCUUACGCUAACCUGUUGAGGAACAUCUUUGACUUUGCUGCUCUGAAGGAGCUUCUGUCUGGCGAGAACGGCAUCAAGAUAAGACUUGAUGCCAUGCAUGGAGUGGUAGGACCAUAUGUGAGGAGAAUACUAUGCGAGGAGCUGGGCUGCCCUGCAAAUUCUGCUAUCAACUGUGUCCCAGUGGAGGACUUUGAGGGUCAACACCCAGAUCCUAACCUCACAUACGCUGCAGAUCUGGUUGACAGCAUGAGAGACGGGGAGUAUGAUUUUGGCGCAGCAUUUGACGGUGAUGGGGACCGUAACAUGAUCCUUGGUAAGCACGGCUUCUUUGUCACCCCAUCUGACUCUGUGGCUGUGAUUGCUGACAACAUCUUCUGCAUCCCAUACUUUCAGCAUACAGGGGUGAGAGGCUUCGCCCGCAGCAUGCCCACAAGUGCAGCUUUAGACAGAGUAGCCAAGGCAACAAAAAUAGAGCUAUAUGAAACUCCCACUGGGUGGACAUUCUUUGGGAACCUAAUGGAUGCAGGCAGACUGUCUUUGUGUGGAGAAGAAAGCUUUGGAACAGGUGGAGACCAUAUUCGUGAGAAGGAUGGGCUUUGGGCUGUGCUGGCAUGGCUGUCCAUCCUGGCCACCAGGAGACAGAGCGUGGAGGGUAUUCUUAAGGACCAUUGGCUAAAAUAUGGAAGGAACUACUUCACCAGAUAUGACUAUGAGAACGUAGACAUAGAUGCAGCCUGUGACAUGAUGGAAGAUUUGGAGCUCAUGAUUGCCGACAAGUCCUUUGUGAAGCAGAGAUUUGCUGUAGAAGACAAAAUCUACCAGGUGGAAAAAGCCGACAAUUUUGAGUACACAGACCCAGUAGACAGCACCAUCUCCAGGAACCAGGGUCUGCGGAUAAUCUUCUCUGAUGGUUCCCGAAUCAUCUACAGACUCAGUGGGACAAGCAGUGAUGGGGCCACAGUCCGAAUUUAUAUCGACAGCUAUGAGAAGGAGCACAUUUUUCAAGAUACACAGGUGAUGCUGGCACCCCUGGCAACUAUAGCUCUGAAGAUUUCUCAGCUCCAUCACAGGACGGGUCGAAGCGGUCCAUCAGUCAUCACAUGAUUUAACUUAUAAGUUACUCCAUCAUUGCUAAUCUAAUGCCCUUGUUGUUUUUCUUUCCAGAUUUUUUUUUACAAACGUAUAAACUAUAAGCUUCAGUUCCAAAUGUAGCAGUGAAACAUGCAGUAGUUUGCAUUUUAGGUAGAAAUAUAUCCAAUGACUG